CACCCCUCAGAAAGUAUGUCAAAAGAACAGAACAUAAGAGGAUUUCCUGAUAUCACUGAUAAGCUCAGCGCGCCAACUAAAAAAUCGCUCUGGGAACGUCAAAGGGAAGAAGCUGAGGCAAAGCGCCUGCGCGAAGAGGCCGAAUCGCAAGCUGCGCUCGAAGAACUUUUGAAGGAGCACGGAGGUGGCAAUGAUACACUUCCAAGCUCAGGAACUGGCGGAAGAAUGGGGCCUACCGGCGGUGUGAGAGGAGCCCUUGGAGGCGGUGCGCGACGACACUUCCCACCCACUGGACCUCGAGGCAACAGCGGACCUGGAACUCUGGGACAGCCACCCUCUUCGCUCACUAGGAAACGGCCGUUCGAGGACGAGGACCAGGGGAUCUUUGCCCUGAAGAAUGCUUCUGCGGCGCCAUUAGAUGCUGCAACAGCCUUCCAAACAUCGGACGACGAAGAUGCGGAUAACGGAUCAAAGAGCGCAGAGAGAGCUGCUCCUAAGCCUACCAUGCGCUUGACCUCACUGCCUCCUACCAUGACACAGGCAGAUAUAAGGAGGAUGAUACCUUCUAAUUUGGUUGUCGAAUCGGUUCGUCUAACCCCCGAAUUGACUUCUACGGACAGAAGAUCGAAUACAGCUAUUGUCACCCUUGCAACGGAUACUCCAGCAAAAGAAAUUGAUGCGGUAGUCAAUGCGCUCGAUAAGCGUUAUCUGGGAUGGGGAUUUAAGUUGUCAAUCUCACGGCAUCUCUCGUCUGCAGCACUCGGUGCACCUACAGCAGCUCUACCUAGCUCCAUCUCAUCAUCGCAUCCGUUUGGCGCAAAGGUUGUGGCUCCAGCGGUGAGCCAUGGCCUUAGUCGCGCACCUCCUCCUUCCUCUUAUGCGCCUGGAUCGUCGUCGGCUUUCGGAAGAGCGCCUGCACCGACACAAGUUCUGGUCAAACCGCCAUCAGAUAUCAAACAGCUCAAACUUAUCAACAAGACACUUGAAGGUAUCCUAACUUACGGUCCGGAGUUUGAGGCUCUGUUGAUGGCUAGACCGGACAUCCAGCGUGAUCAAAAAUGGCAAUGGUUGUGGAAUCCGUGUAGUCAAGGAGCUGUCUGGUAUAGGUGGAGGCUCUGGGAGGUUAUCACUGGUUCAGACAGAGCCCCGAGACGACGAAACCAUUUUGCCAAUCCUGCACAACAGAUUUUCGAGGGCGGCGCACCCUGGCUUGGGCCAGAAGAGCGCCCGCCAUUCGAAUUCACUACCAAAUUCGAAGAGCUCGUCUCGGACCCUGACUAUUCGUCAGAAGACGAUUUAUCCGAUGAUGAAAACAAACGGCGCCAACACAACGCUUCCAAAGCGCCCCCUGAGAGCGGAAUAGACAUAGAUCAGGCCCGGAAGUCGUACCUCAAUCCACUCCAGAAGGCAAAACUCGUCCACAUGUUGGCUCGCCUUCCAACUAGUGCGGGAAAACUUCGCAGAGGAGACGUCGCACGGGUUUCAUCAUUUGCAAUCAGCCACGCUGACAAAGGAGCCGAAGAGAUCGUCCAUAUGCUCAUUUCGAACAUUGAGAAACCAUUUGCGUUGAGUGGCGCCAAUCCGGACAGACAAAAAAACGAAGAAGAGGCCGAAAAGAUGGACCGUGAUGACGGGGUAGAGAAGAAGGCUGAAAAGGAAGACCCUUCGGACGCCAAAAAGAUUGGUUUAUAUCUUAUUGGCGACGUGUUCGCAUCUUGCGGUACAUGUGGCGUCCGCCAAGCAUGGCGCUAUCGAGAGUGGUUUGAAUCAGCGUUCAAGAAGCGCAAGGUCUUUGAGCACUUGGGCAGACUUGACAGAGAUAUGCAGUGGGGUCGGCUUCGGGCUGAAAGAUGGAAAAGCACCAUAAACAACAUCCUGUCAAUGUGGGAAAAACAGAAUGUAUUCCCCUCAGACGCACAAGCUCGAUUUAUCGAGGCCUUCAACAACUCACCCAUGACCGAGGAAGAGAAGAAGGUCACGGAGCAAGUGGAACAAGGAAGCAGUAACACUGAAACGAAACCCAAGUGGAAGACUCUGGAUGUGGCAGAGGCCAGAGAAGAAAACCAGUCAGCUUCUGCGCCAGCUACCGACGCGAAUGAACAACCUGACGGGGAUCCGAUGGUCGAGAGUAAUCUGGAUGGAGAACCUAUGGAGGAUGUGGAUGGAGAGCCGAUGGCUGACGUUGAUGGUGAACCUAUGGCUGACGUCGAUGGUGAGUCCAUGAAGGACUUUGACGGUGAGCCAAUGGAGAAAGACACUGGCGGUGAACCGAGAGAAGAAAAGGCAGCAGCACACCAAGCUCAUCUGACUCAGGCUGAAGCACAAGAUAAAGGUGCAACGGUCGGUGAGACUGAAGCGGCCAAGGCUCGUAGGAGGCGCCCGAGAGCGGAGGAUAUGUUUGCAGACUCAGACUAGGGGUAAGCUAUCUCGUGCAGCAAGCACGGAGACCGUUCCAGUGCUUGUUCUUGAACCAACUACUUUAAAUCUAUCAUGGAC